AUGCCCAAGCCGUCUACGCAAAAGGCAUCAGAGGACAGUACUAUCGCUUCACCUGCACUUCCUGUGGAGGACACGUCUCUUCACUUUGAAACGUUCGGAGUUACUUCUAAAGCGCCAUCCGCUUUUGAAAAGACCGACCGAGGCUACCGGUCAGCUGGCUUUCGCAAGAAGAACAAAGACAUCAGUGCGGGCCCCGCCUUGGUUGGAUUCCAUUUGGGGAAACGUGCUUCGUCUCCAAGCAAAAUCGAGGGACCAAGUUGGCUGAGAAAGACAACGGAAAAAAUGGCCAACUUCUUCAAAAGCCAAAAUAGAAACUUGGAGCCUACCCACGCUUCAAUUCCUGUUUGCAAGCUGACAAAGAACAUCGUUAAAGAAGUUUGCACCGUGCAACGGGGUGAAACGUCAGGUCUUCAGAAGUCUGUCAUCACAAAUGUGCCAAUAUCACAUGGUUUCCCUGGAAUAUCCUUUGUGACUGGUCAAGAAGCUGCUAACGAUUGGAGUGAGCAAUUCCCAAAUGCUUUUCCACAACAAAAGGCUGAUGAGAAUAUGGGCAACAAUACUGAUUUGCUCGAUCGACCUCUUUCAAGGCGAGAAGAGCAAAUCUCAACAAACGAGCCAGUCGAUGAGGUUGAACCCGAUCCAUGGCCAAAGAAAUGUACUGCUGAUGUUGGUGAAGUUGAUGAGGUGCAAAGCCCAACCAAGAUGUCCAGGGUAACUCCAUCUCCUUCCUCACCUGUAUUUUUUUGCGUCGGGGAGCUUCUAAAAGCCUUUGAUGGACUGAAAUUA